AUGCCGGCGGCCGCCGAAGCUCCGAUACCGCCGAGCGAGGGGAGGAGCAGCAACGUCUGCGUCUGGUUCAUCUCCUGCCUCUUCUUCCUCAUCCUCCUCGUCGGCGGAGGCUUCCUCGUCCUCUACAUCACCUUGGCAGAAACAGAGGACACGAGUUGGUUUCCCGUCGCUGGAAUGAUCCUGGUGGCCAUUCCCUGGGUCUUUUGGAUCCUAACAUGCUUUUACCGGCUCAUUACGAUGAGAAACAGAGGGGAAGAAGGAGGAGGAGAGCGGCAGCCGGUGGCGGUGGCUAAAGCUUCAGCGCUUAAUUCCCCGAGGACGGCGGCCGCUCAAGACUCGCCGGUCCAUUCUCCGGGCGGCGCAAGGAAGGUUCGGUUCGGCAAUGCGACCGUCAUGGGCGACGGUGGUGAGGCGUCAGGGAAGGCACCGGGAGGCAACGAGGCCGAUCAUGGAGGCUCCAAUGCCACGAACGUCGACGCUGGAUCGUCGCUCAACUCGCAUGAAAGCGAAGAGCCGUUGGCUUUAUCGCCGUCAUCAGUCGCGUGA